UCUCCUCCUCUGCGCGCAGAGCUCGACGCGCACUGGCACAAACAGAUGGUCCAGUACUAGGGGCUGCGUAGCGCAAGAAUCUGACGUAGAGCAACUUUAUUUCUAUUAACUUAAGGGGGGGGCACGUUUAGUAGGACAGAAGCGGCGGGGGGAGUUCAGACUCGACUUUGACUGUGCCUGGAUCCUCCGUUCAGAGGCGGAAUUUGGUGUCAAGGUCAGGAGUGGCCAUGCCAUUUGGCUGUUUAACAGUUGGCGAAAAGAAGGAUUAUCACAAUCCUUCAGACGUCACAGACAAAUAUGACCUGGGUCAGAUUGUUAAAUCGGAGGAGUUCUGCGAGAUAUUCAGGGCCAAGGACAAAACUACGAUGAAAAUGUACACGUGUAAAAAGUUUCUGAAAAAGGAUGGAAGGAAGGUCCGUAAGGCUGCCAAAAACGAGAUCCUCAUCCUAAAGAUGGUGAAGCAUCCCAACAUUCUCCAACUGGUCGACGUCUUCGAGACCAAAAAGGAGUACUUCCUCUUCCUUGAACUUGCAACAGGCAGGGAGGUGUUCGACUGGAUCCUGGACCAAGGCUACUACUCAGAGAGAGACACCAGUAACGUGGUUCGUCAGGUGUUGGAAGCCGUCGCCUACCUCCACUCCCUGCACAUCGUUCACAGAAACCUCAAGUUGGAAAACUUGGUGUACUACAACCGACUGAAGCACUCGAAAAUAGUAAUCAGCGACUUCCAUCUGGCCAAGCUGGAGAAUGGGCUCAUCAAAGACCCCUGUGGGACGCCGGAGUACUUGGCUCCAGAGGUGGUUGGCAGACAGCGCUAUGGCAGACCUGUGGACUGCUGGGCCACCGGUGUCAUCAUGUACAUACUACUGUCAGGAAACCCGCCCUUCUACGAUGAAACUGAUGAUGAUGAUUAUGAAAACCAUGACAAGAACCUUUUCCGAAAGAUCCUGGCAGGCGAUUAUGAGUUCGACUCACCGUACUGGGAUGACAUAUCUGAUUCAGCUAAGAGUCUGGUUGCUCGUCUGAUGGAGGUGGAUCAAGACCAGAGACUGACAGCCCAGGAAGCGAUAAACCACGAGUGGAUCUCCGGCGGAGCAGCUUCAGAUAAGAACAUCAAGGAAAAUGUGUGCGCACAAAUAGAGAAGAACUUCGCCAGAGCCAAAUGGAAGAAAGCCGUACGAGUCACCACCAUCAUGAAGCGACUCAGAGCCCCCGAACACAGCGAAUCGAGGGCAGCCACCCCCGCCGCUGCCCCAGCAGACCCCUCUGCUCCCCAGGCCGCCGCCGACCCCUCCGCACCUGCAGCGGUGCCCGAGGGAGCCCCCGCUGCCAUCACAGAGCCACCCGCCGGAGCCGAGAUAAGCCAAGCGGCGCUGGAGGCUGAAGCUGGAGCCGGAGCCGGAGCCGAGGUGGAGCCUCAGCAGCCCAACCCGGCACCGCAGGAGGCCGAGCCCACAUCACGCUGCAACGGAGAAGCUUCUGCUGCUCUCCACGCUGGGGAUGAGCAGGGCUAGACCAUGCCCUCCCACUGCAGACCCCGCCCACUGCUUCCUGCACACUGUACAUUAGCUGCUAGCAUGGUGACACUGACUCUGCUUCUCUCUCACUUGCAGCAUUAGCAUCAUCUCAUGGAGGCCGUGUGCUCCGUGGCGUUGGCUUUCUCUUUUCAUGUAUUGUGUCUUUUUUCACUGACCUUAUAGUGUUCGACGUCAGAUUAGAUAAACCAUGAGUAUCUCCACAUUUUAGAUCGACCGUGGAGGUGUGGCUUACAGCUAAAACCUCUCUGACGGUUGUUCUUCUUUUUUAGCGAUAAGAGAAAAUAGGAAGAGCCAACUGAGCUAAACGGCUUUGAUUCCCUUUUAACGAGCUGAACCUCUAUCAGUCUCACAAUCGCAUUAUUUCGUUUUCGAAUAAAUAGAAUAGUUUUGCUGCUGACAUGUUUGCUCCCGGAAAUUUUGACCUCGUACCAGAACAGUCACCAAGGAUCAGUCCUGAUUCAUAGGAGAUACACUGAUUAUUAUUAUUAUUAUUAUUAUUAUUAUUAUUAUUAUUAUUAUUAUUAUUAUCUGUUAUUGUCUACACUAAACAGUUAUUGUGUAUCAAACAAUACUGAGACUUUUGUACCCAGUGCUAUAUUUAAAGUAGGCAGCUUUACACAUGAGCACACACUCCAACACUUUGUUCCUUUGCUAACUUCCUGCUCAGGAAAGAACCUCAUAGCUGUAAGUGUAAAGACUCUGUACAUAGAGACCUUUGUAGAAGUAGCCGAAACAGCAUGCAUUCUCACUUUUUGCUGUUCAUUUUACCCGUACGGCCACUUGCUGGAUAAAGAUGCACUUACUGCCAACUCCGUCUUAUCGCAGGCCAAGGCCGAGGCUCUUUUUAAAGGCCACAUCUACGUUCCGCUGUCUACCGCUACCGUCCUCUUAGAACCCCCGCUGCACCGUCAGAUAAACUGACAGGAACAGUCGUCAUCAUUCAUGGCAGUUCUAUGCAUCACAAUUAAUUUGUAGCUUUUCAUUUCAAAACGUCAACAGUAUAGUCGCAACAUUUUUAUCCAUCAUGUGACUCUUCUUUUUCUUUUUGUUCUUUUUGCUCGAUCACAGUUCACUUAGAUCAUGGGUGUCAAACAU